GCGUCGGUGAGAGCGAACGUAUUGCAAGCGCGUAUGCUCGGAUCCUAUAGCAUUCAGUCAACGCGCAUAUCCCCUAAACCUAACACGUACAAACUCGCCAUUGAACGAUAAACUUGACAUUCAAAAUAUCCGUUAAAGUUUACCGGUCGCGUAAGUUUUUUGUCGAACUCGUCACGUGUGUGUGUGUAGUGUUUUCUUCACAAUUUAUCGAUACAAUUAAAAAAAUCGAUGCCUUCCAGUAACGAUUGGAUGUGACAACAUUUUGCGGUUAACGUUUAGGUUAUCUUGGUUGGAUUAUUUCAUUUUCAAAACCUUUAAAGGUAAAGUUUAAGUAAUAAGUGACAAUAAUACACGUUAUCUUAAAAUAACAACUCAAUACAUUGUACAACUACGAACACGAGUAUUAUAAUAUAUUUAUACUCGUUCAUUCCAGUCUGAAGGCCACGCCAUGUUGACUCAACCAAUGUCAUUUCUAUAUAGAAGUCGUAUAAUGGAAACAACACAAUUUAACAUUAAAAAUAAUACAUAUAAAAAAGUAUUUUAAAUUCUAUGUAUUCAAAAACAUUCUUGUAGUAGUUAUUUCACAUCACAACUUAAAGUUUAUUGACCUUGAACUUACAGCCGCUUGAACUGGUUUUCCGGCUCGUUUUAAAAUAUUGUCUGGCAAAAUACACACUUGUAAUAGUACCAAGAAAAUCAAACCAAUCGAUUUAAUGCAUUAUUAGAUCUUGGAUGAGAAUAAACUACUUGAGUCGUUAUUCGAUGUUGGAUGAUUGAUUUGAUAUAGCAGGUGAUAUCAACGUAGCAGGGAGCGAGCGCGAGAGGCCGGCGCGCUAACGUAUGCGCGAUACCACAAUGUUUGCAUUAUGAUAAUGUCGGAACAGAGCGCGCACGCGGCGGCCGAGACCACGUGCGCAUUGUGACUCUUUUGGGAGCGUAUGCCGGCAUACGGUGGCUAGUGACGUCAGUCGAUUGUGUCGCAGCGCAGUAGACGAAGUUAAUGGUGAGGACAGUCCGUGCGUGGAGUAUAGUGUCGCGUGUGUAUAUCGGUGCGCCGAUAUGUUGUUGCAUGGUGUGGGGGCAGUGAGCGGGCCUGUACCACGGAGGCGCUCAGGUCUCUUAGGAGCUCGAUGCUGGGCUGGGGGCUGCGCGGCGGCGUGGGAUGCUCGCGCCCGCCGCCCGCCGGCGCCGACUGCGAGGCGGAGGCGAGCGACAGCGACGCCCAAGGCGCGCUGCUCGCGGGCGCCGCCGCCGUGGCUCGAAGACGAUACGCCGUAAAGAUCAAACGGAAAACCAAGAUAACCUACAGAGUAGUAAGACGCAGCAGCGAGGGUCCGGCGGCGGGCGCGCGUGUUCUGCGUGCUACGCCCGACUGGUCGGACACGGCCGUCAGCGGAGAGCACCUCUGGUCGCCCACAUCCGUAUCCGGCGACUGCUGCUACGUCGGUGAUGCCGAUUGUCAGAAACAUGGAUCUCGCAUGAAAUGUUCGGCGUGCAAGAUUGUCGCUCAUACAGCAUGCAUCGACAUCCUUAUGGACCGGAUGCAGUUCACCUGCAAGCCGACCUUCAGGGACGUAGGCGUGCGUCAGUACCGCGAACAGACCCUCACUCACCACCAUUGGGUGCACCGGAGAUCUGAAAAGGGCAAGUGCAAAGCUUGCGGCAAGUCUUACCGGCGCAGUUGCUGUGGGUGGUGCAUAACAAAACAAUCUUCUGUAGACAAGGCUAUGGAAGUAGCCAAUGAUAACACUGAUCGUUCGUUACAAGCAAAGUUAUCAUUUAGUUCGAAAGAAAUAGUAGCACUAAGUUGCUCCUGGUGUAAAGACGCGUACCACAAUAAAGAAAGCUGUUUUAACCUUCAAAGAAUAGGAGAAGAAUGCUCAUUAGGCUCUCAGUCCAAUAUAAUAGUCCCACCUUCAUGGAUUGUGAAGUUACCAAGAAAGGGAAGCUUCAAAUCGUCUUUGAGAAAAUCGCCUAAAAAGAAAAGCGCAUCGAAGAAGAAAGGCAAAGACUCAAAGAAUGAACACAAGCCAUUUGUUAUCAAGCCGAUACCGACCACUAAUGUGAAGCCGGUCUUAGUUUUUAUCAAUCCGAAAAGUGGAGGCAAUCAGGGUGUUAAAUUGUUGCAAAAGUUCCAAUGGCUGUUGAAUCCACGUCAAGUUUUCGAUCUGACCCAAGGUGGACCCGGACCAGGUCUGGAGAUGUUCCGCAAAGUUCCGAACCUACGCGUGCUGGCAUGUGGCGGAGACGGCACGGUGGGCUGGGUGUUGAGCGUGCUUGAUCGCAUCGGCUCGCGGCCUGCCGUCGGCGUACUUCCCCUCGGCACCGGCAAUGACCUCGCACGGGCAUUGGGAUGGGGUGGGGGUUAUGAAGAUGAACCGAUUUCAAAAAUACUGGCGCAUAUCGGCGAGAGUGAUACUGUUCUGCUAGACCGAUGGCAGCUCACUGUGGAGCCGAACGCAGCGGCAUCUGGCGAAGACACGAGUAACGCAAAACCUGACUUACCUCUUAACGUUGUCAACAACUACUUCUCUUUCGGCGUUGAUGCUCAUAUCGCCUUAGAAUUCCAUGAAGCUAGAGAGGCUCACCCGGAGAAAUUUAACUCACGUAUCAGGAACAAGCUGUUUUACGGCACGGCAGGCGGUAAAGACCUCAUGCAGCGCAAAUGGAAGGGUCUCGCGGAGUUUGUCACUAUGGAGUGCGAUGGAAAGGACCUCACGCACGUGCUCCGCGAACAUAAAGUGCACGCAAUUGUGUUCUUAAACAUUCCAAGUUACGGCGGUGGAACACAUCCUUGGAACAAAUCGGGAGGGGCACAUGAACCGUCCACUGAGGACGGGUUAAUAGAAGUUGUAGGUUUAACCACCUAUCAAUUGCCUCUACUACAAGCUGGAGGUCACGGGACUUGUAUAACACAAUGCAAAACAGCAAAAAUUGUGACAACUAAAGUUAUACCAAUGCAAGUGGACGGGGAGGCAUGUCGGUUGGCGCCCUCGGUCAUUACACUUUCGAUACUGAACCAAGCGAUUAUGCUCGCUAAGAAAAAGCCCGGCAGAGUUCUAGCUCCACAAACGACGUUAGAUAAAUUAUCGCUCACUGUGAAUCUCAUUACAAUGGCCGAUUACGAGAGGCACCACUACGAUAAAGAACUCCUUGCAAACACAGCGGAUCGUAUUGGCACUUUAGAAGUAAAUCCAUCGGCUGACUUGGAGCAGAUGCGUUCUCUGAUACAAAACAUGAUCAAAGAAUCUCAAGCGUACUCGAGCAUUGUCGAUUGGUGGUUUGUUGACUCGGUGACAGCUGAACGCUUCUUUCGGAUAGAUAAGGCUCAAGAGAAUCUCCAUUACGCGACUGACAUCGGCCAUGAAAAUAUCUACAUACUGGACGCGGCACCUCAGACUCCGGACACGGAGAGCACGGCGCAUCCGGACACCACCGCCACGCCGUCCUUCGACCGCACCGGACCAUCCGUAUCACUGGACACCACUACCGGACUCUCGGUCUCGCUGGACAUAUCACAGAGCGUUGACACCCCUAGUGCUGGCGUAUCCUUGGAUGUUCCGGAAUCACAUGCGAGUGAAUCUGGUUUGGGGAGUCCUGCAAGAACAUCGGACGAACAGCAGAGCCCGCAGACGCCGCCCUCUGCCGCAGCCACUGCGCCCUCUUCUCCUGCACUCAACGCGCCCAAGAUAUCGCUCUCCACUUCACCCAAAGCUCCCAUCUCACGAGCACUCACUCCCAAACUAUCCACCCAGGAUACCAACUCUCCGCCGCUUUGUACAAGUCCACCGGCCAAAGAAACCGAGGCAACUCGUGACUCAAUAGCCCGCUUCAAGACCAUACACGAAAAACUGUUCGGACUUGAUCAAGAAGUAUUUGGCUAUAGAAAUUUAUUGGAAAAGACAUCUGAUUCACUUCUUAAAGCUGCUAAAGUAGGAGAUUUGAGGAUGGUAAAAGACCUUCAUGCUGCCGGGUACUCGCUCCUUUCAAUCGACGCUACAGGUCAGACCGCACUCCAUAUAGCGGCGAGAUACGGUAACAAGGAGGUUGUAAAGUAUCUCAUAGCGUGCGCGCCCACUGCUAUACUGAACAUGCGCGACAACGAACGUGGACAGACAGCCUUACACAAAGCGGCGGCUCACAAGCGACGGGCAAUCUGCUGCAUGUUGGUAGCAGGGGGGGCGUCUUUAACCCGCCAGGAUCACGCUGGCCUCACACCGCGACAUCUUGCUCUGCGCGCAGAAGACCAUGAUUUAGCUGCUUACUUAGAAAGCCAAGAACAUUUUCAACUAGUUUCUGAAGACUUGGAAACAGCAGUAUGAAAAUUAAAUAUAUCGUUUAUUAAAGAUCUGAAAUGCAGUUGCUAUGAGUAAUGACCACGAGAAGUACAAGGAUAGACAUAAUAUCUUAAAGACUCUUAAAAUAUUGAAUAUUAUACUCAAACCAUAUGAUAUUCAAAAUUUGUACUUUUAAUAUAAUUAUAAUUUCGACAU